UUGCCCAAGCAGCGAGCAGUACAGAUCCGAGCUGACAUACAACGCACACAACACAGACCAAAAACCCAGGCUAGCAAUAUGCAAUUUCGUCUCUGGUUCGCGCUGUUCGCAGUAGCUGCAGCACCGUUGGUGCGCGCUAAUUAUGGUCCACAAGGUGGUGGUCAGAUUCAAUAUCUGCCCGGAGGUCCUUCGGCCGGUCUGGAUGAGUAUGUGAAUGUGGCUACCGGUGGCUCACAGCCAGCAUCCAGCCAGUUGACGAAUGCCGCCGAAAUCCAGCCAACGCCCGAAGAGGCACGUCGUCUGGGUCGCGUUCAGGCCCAACUCCAGGCUCUGAACAACAAUCCCACCUACCAGAAGCUGAAGAACUCCGAGGAUAUUGCCGAAUCUCUGGCCGAAUCCAAUUUGGCCAGCAACAUUCGUCAAGGCAAGAUCAAUGUGGUCUCCCCCCAGUUUGUGGAUCAGCAUUUGUUCCGCUCCCUGUUGGUGCCAUCGGGCCAUAACAACCAUCAGGUGAUUGCCACCCAACCUCUGCCCCCAAUCAUCGUUCACCAGCCGGGCGCACCACCAGCCCAUGUUAACAGCGGCCCACCAACUGUGGUGCGUGGCAACCCUGUCAUCUACAAGAUCAAGCCCUCGGUCAUCUACCAACAGGAGGUGAUCAACAAGGUGCCCACACCCCUGAGCCUCAACCCUGUCUACGUGAAGGUCUACAAGCCAGGCAAGAAGAUUGAGGCUCCAUUGGCCCCUGUGGUUGCCCCCGCCUACAACCAGCCCCAGCAGUACGGCAGUGCCGGAGCCGCCUCCGCCGCUGGCGCCGCUUCCUCCGCCGAUAACUAUGCCUCCGGUGCUGAUGCGCCUCUGUACGCCAGCCCCUCACCCUAUGGCUCACCCAGCUAUUAAAGUUGCGGGUCUGAGCUGAGCCGAGUCGAUCGAUAACUGGGCGCCCAACUCUGUGGCUUGCUUGGUUGUCGCUUCUUGGGCCUCUUGCUCCAACAGAGCCGAUCUAGAUCCAAGUGACUUGGACAGGUCUUACAGUAAACAUUUGUUUUUUUUUUCAUAAUGCAAAUAAAAAAAGCCAAAAAUGUAA